UGUUAUUGUAACUCAUUACAUUUCAUAAUUCAAGUGUUCAUCUUUAAGGAUUUUCUCUAUCUCUCUCUAAAACUCCUGUUUAGGGUUUUCAGGGGCGCCGCUUUUGAAUUAAUACGAUCAGAGAGUGAACUCUUCACUCGCUCCUCAUUUCUCCCCAGAGAGGAUAUGGCUAUGGAAGUCACUCACAUCCUUCUAAGUGCACAGUCAGUUGAUUCAACAGUAAGGAAACAUGCUGAAGAGAGUCUGAAACAAUUUCAAGAGCAAAACCUUCCGGCUUUUCUGUUGUCCCUUUCUGUAGAGCUUGCUAGUGAGGAGAAGCCUGUCGACAGCCGUAAACUUGCUGGGUUGGUUUUAAAAAAUGCCUUGGAUGCGAAGGAGCAGCAUAGGAAGUAUGAGCUUGUGCAAAGGUGGUUGUCAUUAGAUGUUUCUGUGAAGAGCCAGAUAAAGGCAUGCUUAUUGCAGACCCUGUCAUCUACCGCUAUUGAUGCUAGGUCAACUGCUUCACAAGUGAUUGCGAAGGUUGCAGGCAUUGAGCUGCCACAGAAGCAGUGGCCUGAGCUUGUUGGAUCUCUCCUUUCAAAUGUUCAUCAAGUUCCACCUCAUGUCAAGCAAGCUACCAUUGAAACACUUGGAUACUUGUGUGAAGAAGUAGCUCCGGAGGUAAUUGAUCAAGAUCAAGUGAAUAAGAUACUCACAGCUGUUGUUCAAGGUAUGAAUGCCAAUGAAGCUAAUAUUGAGGUCCGGCUUGCAUCCACAAGAGCUUUGUACAACGCUCUUGGAUUUGCCCAGGCUAACUUUUCGAACGAUAUGGAGCGGGAUUACAUAAUGAGAGUCGUUUGCGAGGCCACACUUUCUCCAGAAGUCAAAAUUCGGCAGGCAGCAUAUGAGUGUUUGGUCUCAAUUGGAUCCACGUAUUAUGAGAAACUAGCUCCAUACAUACAAGACAUCUUUAACAUCACAUCCAAGGCUGUCCGGGAUGAUGAGGAACCAGUUGCUCUCCAGGCAAUUGAAUUUUGGAGCUCGAUUUGUGAUGAGGAAAUUGAUAUUCUGGACGAAUUUGGAGGUGAUUUUACGGCAGAUUCAGAUGUUCCCUGCUACUAUUUCAUCAAGCAGGCACUCCCUGCUCUUGUGCCCUUGCUGUUGGAGACACUUCUUAAGCAAGAAGAGGAUCAGGAUCAAGAUGAAGGUGCCUGGAAUCUUGCAAUGGCUGGUGGUACUUGUCUUGGCUUAGUUGCUCGGACCGUGGGGGAUGACAUAGUACCACUUGUCAUGCCAUUUAUCGAAGAAAAUAUUGCAAAAGGUGAUUGGAGGCAAAGAGAAGCGGCUACUUAUGCAUUUGGCUCGAUAUUGGAGGGCCCUUCACCAGACAAAUUAAUCUCUAUCGUCAAUGUUGCCCUCGGUUUCAUGCUCACUGCCUUGACCAAAGACCCUAAUAGUCAUGUGAAGGACACAACUGCCUGGACUCUUGGGAGGAUAUUUGAGUUUCUUCAUGGCUCCUCCGUGGAGACUCCCAUUAUUACCUCAGCCAACUGUCAACAGAUAAUCACAGUUCUCCUGCAGAGCAUGAAAGAUGCUCCAAAUGUUGCUGAGAAAGCUUGUGGUGCUCUUUAUUUUCUGGCCCAAGGUUACGAGGAUGUUGGUCCAACAUCACCAUUAACACCUUUUUUCCAAGAAAUUGUACAAUCUCUUCUUUAUGUAACUCAUAGAGAAGAUGUAGGCGAGUCUCGACUUAGGACAGCUGCCUAUGAAACGCUAAAUGAAGUAGUGAGGAGCUCCACUGAGGAAACAGCUCGUUUAGUGGUGGAACUUGUUCAAGUCAUUAUGACGGAGCUUCACAAAACACUUGAGGCUCAAAAACUUUCAUCAGAUGAGAGGGAGAAACAGACUGAAUUGCAAGGCCUUCUUUGUGGGUGUCUGCAAGUCAUCAUACAAAAACUAGGGGCAUCAGAUCCUACUAAGUAUGCCUUACUUCAAUAUGCAGAUCAGAUAAUGAAUCUUCUUUUGCGAGUCUUUGCUUGUAGAAAUGCCACUGUCCAUGAGGAAGCAAUGCUUUCCAUUGGUGCACUUGCCUAUGCAACAGGGCCAAACUUUGCAAAGUAUAUGCCAGAUUUUUACAAGUAUUUGGAGAUGGGUCUUCAGAAUUUUGAGGAAUACCAGGUCUGUGCUGUCACUGUUGGUGUUGUGGGGGAUCUCUGCAGGGCAUUGGACGAUAGGGUGCUGACUUACUGUGAUGGUAUAAUGACGCAGCUACUGAAGGACUUGUCGACCAAUCAGUUGCAUCGGUCUGUCAAGCCUCCAAUAUUUUCUUGCUUUGGAGAUAUAGCCCUAGCAAUAGGUGAGAGCUUUGAGAAGUAUUUGAUGUAUGCCAUGCCCAUGCUACAGAGUGCUGCAGAGUUGUCUGCCCAUACAUCUGGUGCGGAUGAUGAAAUGAUUGAAUACACUAACUCUCUUAGAAAUGGAAUUUUGGAGGCAUAUUCGGGGAUAUUUCAGGGCUUCAAGAACUCACCAAAAACCCAACUUCUGAUACCAUAUGCACCUCACAUCUUGCAUUUCCUGGAUAGCAUUUACAUAGAGAAGGAUAUGGAUGAUAUUGUGAUGAAAACCGCUAUCGGUGUCCUGGGAGAUCUUGCUGACACUCUGGGAAGUAAUGCUGGCUCUAUGAUUCAAGAAUCUCUGUCGAGCAAAGACUUCUUAAAUGAAUGUUUGUCCUCAGACGACCAUUUGAUUAAGGAAUCUGCUGAGUGGGCCAGGUUGGCUAUUAGCCGUGCCAUAUCUGUUUGAGGCGGUUUCACUUGGUGCAUAUUACUUUACCUGCAUGCAUAUGGUCGUGUCGAGUCAGGGUUGAGGUUGGGAUAGUCAUGUCAUUUUGGGUCAUACCAUUUUCUGACUACAGAAGCAUUUCCAUUGUCACUAACUCAUGCAUAAGCAUCAUGCAGUUGGGUCGGGUCAGGUCAGGUCAGGUUCCUUUCUUUUGCCUUGGAUUGGUGUUGGGGGUGGGGUGGGGUAGUUGGUGAUGGUGGCUUCUGUGAUUUCUUCAGGAGAAGUUGUUAGUUGAAAUACCAAUUUUGUGCUGGCUAUGGAUGCUUGUUAGUGGGCUGAACAGGUUAACUAUGCUGCAUGCUCGACAUGAACUACUUUUCUGGGGCUGUUCAGAAACAGCUCCCGUACUGCUCUGGUCGCCACGUGCUCGUCGAAUGGUUUCAACUGAAGCAUCAGCUUGCAGCUUUUGUUUCUAUAUUUGCAUGAAGUCAAGCAAGCUGUCUGUCAUACCCACUUUUUCUUUUCAUUUUUUCUUUUUUUUCCCCCAAGUCCAUACAUUUUUCAUGCAUAAACAUUCCAAACUCAUUUUUAGUCUGUUGCAUACAAAACCAUUCAUUUCAUUCAUCUAGAAAAUUGCAUGGGGGUUUUGUCAAACUACUCCAGAUUUAGGUCACAUUUCAUUUGCAUACAUUUUUCAUUAGUCGUAGGCAUUUCACUGGUGGUUUAUUUAGUGUCGAAUUUCCUUCCAUUUACGAGGAGAAGAACCUGCAAUUUUCUGCCAUCUGGUACAAUGUUUUUUCUUCAAUGUUUCCUUUGAAUAUGUAAAAUCUAUAUGUUUUGUUGAGAUUAUGACGUUGCAAGAGUGGGAAAUGUCAUGAAAUUUGUUGAUGACAUUGAACAGAUUUGAGAAUAGGGUUGAAGAAUUGCUUUGCAGUUAUUUUGUUUUUUCUUCAAGAGGCAAGGCAAUGUAUUUGUGGCCCUGUGGUAUUAUUCAUCUCCUAAUUUGUUUUA